GAUAAUAAUUGUGAUUCAAACAAAUGUGGUAUAUAAAUCUUCAAUAUUCUACUAUUUUACAAACCACAGGUAGAAGAGGAGAAGAGAUCUCGUCUUCAUUUCACAACAAAAAAUAUCUUUCUCAAAUCUCAAGGAUAGUUGAAAAUGGGUCUGUCAUUCACGAAGCUUUUUAGCCGGUUGUUUGCGAAGAAGGAGAUGCGUAUACUUAUGGUGGGUCUCGAUGCGGCUGGUAAGACCACCAUUCUCUACAAGCUCAAACUUGGAGAAAUUGUUACCACCAUUCCCACCAUUGGGUUCAAUGUGGAAACUGUUGAAUAUAAGAACAUCAGUUUUACUGUCUGGGAUGUCGGAGGCCAGGACAAGAUUCGUCCUCUGUGGAGACACUACUUCCAAAAUACGCAAGGGCUUAUUUUUGUGGUUGAUAGCAAUGACCGAGAUCGUGUUGUGGAAGCUAGGGAUGAGCUGCACAGGAUGUUAAACGAGGAUGAGUUAAGAGAUGCUGUGCUUCUAGUUUUUGCUAACAAACAAGAUCUUCCAAAUGCUAUGAAUGCCGCUGAAAUAACCGAUAAGCUCGGACUUCAUUCACUUCGUCAGCGUCACUGGUAUAUCCAGAGCACAUGUGCUACCUCUGGUGAAGGACUUUACGAAGGACUUGACUGGCUCUCAAACAACAUUGCAAACAAGGCAUAGAUAUUGUUAGUCACGGGCUGCAUAAAGUUCAGUUGAGUUUAGAUAUUAUGAUUUCAGAUGUUUCGAUGUGGUUACCCUGUUUAGAAUUUUACCUGCUCUUGCAUGUAUUGUUUCAUUUGUCUUUGAAAAAGAACAAAAUUACCUAGGUUUAAUAUACAUUUGCAAUUUUUUUCCAUGUAUAACCUAAAGUCUUUGUUUCACUCAUUGAUCUGUGUGGUCAAUUAAAUCACUGAAAGCUUUUACAUACACAAUAUAUUAUUAGCUAUAAAACAAACAAUUAGAUAUUCAGCAGAGCAAUGUGAAUAUGUUGGUUUGUUUGAUGCGAAAUCCAGCAAGGAUGAUUACAAUUUCUGCUUUUA